UAAAUUAAAUGUAAAAGAAGAUGGAGAGUUGAUGAAGUGCAUUAUGUAAAGUGUGCAGAUGCAGCAAGUACGGGCUAUUAUUUCUUCAAUGGAAGGUAUUCUCCUACAAGUCAACACCUUAAAUUAACUUUAUACUAGAAGGCCUGCUACAAGUCCCUUUGGAAUCCUGUUUUUAUAUGUUAUUGACGUAUUGGCACUGAUAAUGUCGAAAUGUUAAAUUCAUACAGGCAUUACAAAAUUGCGAUAUUUAUUUGCUAACAUAUCGAUAGCCCCUACAAGGACAGCAUUCUCAAGACCCAAAGCAUUUCCCACAUAAUAGAGUUUGCCCUGCCCUAUGCGCGAAUUAAAUUUAACUCGUAGUUACAGAUACUGUGAAAAAUAUAAAAAAAGAUAAAUAAAAAGAAUGAAGUAGAUUAACAGUUAGAUAUAAACCGUUCAUAAAGCCCUGUAAGAACUCUUAAGUAAAUAGUUAAAGAUCGAUCAUACAGAGUUUUAUCAAAAUAAAUUGUAUAUGUGACACAUUAUUUUUAAAACAAUUAUACAUUCAACAAAAUUAUAUUUAACAAAGAGAACAUGCUGUUGUGUCUCAACUCUCUAGAGAAAGCCAGUGGGGUGGGAGGGCCAUACUAUACUGGAUAAGAGUGCCAAGAACCUGCAUGAUACAUGCGGCGAGCAUCCACCUCAUAGAUAGCAUAAGCUUUACAGUGAGGGUGACACUAAAGCAUGAAUGUAUGAUGAAUUGGAUAACAAAUUCCUAUGAGAAAUGAUGAUGAUCUUCUUUUCCUGGAUACUCUUACUAAUAUAUAUCUACAACUUUUCAAAAUUACAAAACUAUCCCUCUUAAAGCUUUUUUUUUCCUUCAAACUUGCUAGUGAGCCUCAUAAUCCAGCAAUCUUAGCAAAAAUCCCUCUUAAAAGUUUCACAACACAAGCCCGUUUGGUUCUGCUUCUGCCUGUGCUUUCAGCAAUAGCAAUCUUAGCAGAGUGUUUGACAAAUAAAAAAAAACCUGAAGUUACUAUCACGAGAAGCAAAAAUGGAAUUCUGACCUCAAAAAUAGAAGCUGUAGUUUGAUGCCUGUGAUUCUACUGCAGAAAGAAAUUACCGUUUGGGAACAGUAAUAUAGUGUUUAUCCCUAUAGUACUGCUCAAACAGCAUUUCACAAAACAACAUUGAACUCUACAAUAGGGCCAAAUAGGCCCCACAGCAAAGAGUAUGUGAUCCAAUUUAGUAUUUGGGGUACUACUUAUAUCAUUGUGAAUCUUGUCGAUAUCUUGUGGGCUUACAACACUCCAAGAACUGUAUGCAAGGCAUGCUGAUAAGGGUUGGUAUAUCAAGACUACAGUGGAAGAUAAUAUAAACAUAUAUUACUCUGAACUUACAGAAAACAUGUACAAGUGACCAUUCCUGGCACCUUUAGGAAAGAAGAAGAGGGGGAAAAGCUUACAGAAAACAUGUACAAGUGACCAUUCCUGGCAACUUUAGGAAAGAAGAAGAGGGGGAAAAAAGUAUGAUACUGAUUUAUUGACUAAGAGUGAAUUUUCACUGUUUUCAUGUUGGUUGCUUACACUCCAAAUAUUUCCACUUCGUCUCGUACUGACCACACAUGUACUCGCAAUGAGAUGAUGAUCCAUAUAGACUGUCACUAUUGACUGGUUAGUGUCAAUGCUUUUAGCACUAAACCAAGUGGAAGCAUGUGAGGAUUCAACACGAACAAAAAUGCUUACCCAUUUUCAAAAUGUUUCCUUCAAUUCAACUUGAACCAGAGUCACUUAUAUAAGUCCUUUUAGUAGCAAUUAAUACACGACAAAGCUUGAGUGUGUUGUUUAUCUUACAGAAUGAGACCAUACAGAAUUAACAGUUUCAUUCAAUGCCAUCUCUAGGGGAGUGAUUGGUCGAAAGAUAAUAUUGUUAGAUCAAUAAUGCUUGCUAAGAGAAAAAGUUUCCCAUCCCGACAAAAGCUAUGUUCACAAAAUCAAAAGAAUAGGUGAACCAUAUACUAGCCUUUCCUGUCAACAUAUGCAUAGUAUUUAUAGAUGAACUAAUCAUGAUUACAAAUUUGUAAUACAAUAAGUUUAACAUGCUUCAAUUAUUUUUUGUAUUAUUUGACUCGGGAUUUUCUCAAUGUCAAUUCAAAUGGUCAAAAUAUAUAGUUUACUUCUUGAGAACGAAAAUUGCUUAUAGGAGCUCCUGGAAGAUCUUGGCAUUCUAAAACUUGAUACAUCCUCUCACCGCUGUCUUAAUCAGCUUAAGGGGCAAGGUUACUUAUUUAACCACAUGGAAUUUGGUUAAUCAUCAAAAUUGACCUAAUAUCACACUUGCACUAGGAUUUCUGGUAUUUUUGGAUUUAUUAGUUAUUGUGAAUAGGUUGAUGUACAAGUAAAAAAGAAUACAGGCUAAAAUGCAAAAGGUUUGUUCAGAAUAUAUCAAGUUAUACAAUAUCCCCUAAUAAUCCAAACCUACAUAAAACACUGCCAUUUUGUGAGAAACCAAUGAUCAAAUGAUCCUUGGGUAGAAAGAAUAGGAAAGAUCUAUUUCGGUUUUUUAAAUUAUCUGACAAAAAUGUAUCAUAUUUCUAAUAGAAUUCUACCAGGGCAUUGAUAGAAGCGGAUUAAAUGAUAACACCGUAAAAUCCGGGUUUUGAUUAUUGAGGGGGACAUCAUGCAACAUCUGGCAUUUUAGCCAAAAAUAUAUGAAGUCAGCUGCCUUAUGUGGUGUUUGAUCACAUUUCUUCUUCUUUUUCCUCUUUUUUUGGUUAAUUCACAGUCUACGCUAGUGGUAGUUUAAGGCUUUAAACCAGUAUAGUUCAUACAUUGGAGACAUUUAGGAAUAUAGGAUGGAGGACCAACCAGUUGCUCUCAAAUUUUACACUGAAUUCAUUAUCUCGCCAAUUAUCUUCUUAUGAUGAUAUUGUUUCAUAUGUACAUUUGACAAACUCAUCUUUAUGUAACUUCAUCCAGGCAAGAAACCUUAGUCCUAAAGUUGCAUCAUAAGAGCAAGGUGGAGUUCCAUGUCAUAUGAGAAGACAAGGCAAGAGAUAAUAGCAUUUUGUCACCCUUUUUGGUAGAACAGCAAUGGUGGGAGUUUCAAAACUAUCAAAACAUAGGGUCAUGUCAAAAAAGGCCAUGAUGCCCUCCAUCCUACCCGAGCCGCACUUCAAAAGCAAUAAGAUAUGCUGCUCUAACAAUCCACUCUCACAUUAUAUAAGGAGCCAAUGUGCUCAAAAUUAGAUCACUUUUGAGUUCUUGGGCUUAGUAAUUGGACAGUAUCUAUUCUUAUUGUUAAGUUGUGCCAUGGAUGGGAAGGAGUUGGAGUACAAAGGAGAGGCUGCUCUUCAAGAGCUUGAGAUGUUGACGAUGAAUGCAAAAGAUGUUCAAGAGAGGAUACUAACGGAGAUCCUUGAAAGAAAUAAAACCACCGAGUACUUGAGCAAAUAUAUGAAAGGAUCAACUGAUAUUUCUCUUUUCAAGCGCAAUGUUCCGGUAGUUACAUAUGAUAUGAUCCAACCGUAUAUUCUGAGGAUAGCAAAUGGUGAGGACUCUUCAAUCAUUUCGGGCCACCCCAUCACAGAAUUGAUAAGAAGCUCCGGGACGUCCAGUGGGGAGCCAAGAUUGAUGCCAUCUAUUGAAGAGGAUCUCGACCGUCGGACUUACCUCUACAAUCUUAUUAUGCCUAUCAUGAACAAGUAUAUGCCGGGGCUGGACGAGGGCAAGGCGAUGUACCUCCUCUUCGUGAAGGCGGAGUCGCCGACCCCCUCGGGCCUCCCCGCGCGCUCGGUCCUCACCAGCUACUACAAGAGCCCCCACUUCCGCCACCGCCGCCCCGAUCCCUUCAACGACUACACGAGCCCCGACGCCGCCAUCCUCUGCGCCGACAGCCGCCAGAGCAUGUACUGCCAGCUCCUCGCCGGCGUCCUCCACCGCCGCCGCGUCCUCCGCCUCGGCGCCGUCUUCGCCUCCGCCCUCCUCCGCUCCCUCGGCUUCCUCCACCGCCACUGGCCCGACCUCGCCGGCGACGUCCGGACCGGCUCCCUAAACCCUAGCAUCACCGACCCGGCGUGCCGCGCCGCCAUGGGCGCGCUCCUCCGAGCUCCGAACCCUAGCCUCGCGGGGGAGAUCGAGGAGAUCUGCAGCGCGGGGUCGUGGCGGGGAAUUUUGGGGCGGAUUUGGCCCAACACGAAGUACAUAGAGGCGGUGCUCACGGGGACGAUGGCGCAGUACAUACCCAUGCUGGAGUUUUAUAGUGGGGGGAGGAUCCCGCUCGUGUGCACGAUGUAUGCGUCCUCGGAAUGUUAUUUUGGGGUGAAUUUGGAGCCCCUGUGCGAUCCCAUGGACGUGGCUUACACUCUGCUCCCCAACAUGGGCUACUUCGAGUUCAUACCUUUGGAGGAGGGAAUCAAAGCGGGUGACGAGGAAGAGAGGGUGGAGAGUGAGAAGGUGGUUGGGUUGGUUGAUGUCAAGGUUGGGUGCUACUACGAGCUUGUGGUCUCCACCUUUGCAGGUCUUUAUAGGUACAGGGUGGGAGAUGUGCUCCAAGUUACCGGUUUCCACAACAACGCCCCUCAAUUCAAGUUCAUAUGUCGGCGGAAUGUGAUUCUCAGCAUUGAUUCUGACAAAACUAAUGAAGAAGACCUCCAUGAAAGUGUGACUUCUGCCAAGAAGCUUUUGGAGAGUCAGAACUACCUUCUCCUCGAGUAUACCAGCUAUGCUGACACUUCUACUGUCCCUGGCCAUUACGUGCUUUUUUGGGAGAUCAAAAAUAUUUUUGAAGAAGCAGAAACACCACGACCCCCAGCAAUUGAUGCUAAGCUUCUUGAAAGUUGCUGUGUGGCUGUAGAGGAGUCUCUUGAUUAUGUGUAUCGACGCUGUCGAUCACAUGAUAAGUCUGUAGGCCCGCUCGAAAUUAGGAUUGUCGAAGCGGGCACGUUUGAGAACUUGAUGGAUUUAUUGAUUAGUCAAGGGAGCUCGAUCAAUCAAUACAAGGCCCCACGGUGUGUUGAACCUGGUCCUGCAUUGAAGCUUCUUAACUCUAAGGUUGUUGGUUGUUUCUUUAGCCCCAAAAAUCCAACAUGGAAAAUUUAGUUAAAUAUAAAGAGGGAAGAUUCAACUCUUUUAAUUCCUCCUUUUUUUAUGUAGGAAGAUAAUUAUCAAUCCUGAAUUGAUUCAAGAAAGAAGCAAUUUGAUUGAGUUUCU